ACCCUCCCUCGUACCCGUCAAACACACUCCUCACAACAGCAGCGGCAGCAAACGAAGAAGAAGGUGGGAAUGGAUAGCUUCAGCAGCGACUCGUUGGACUCGCCGUUGGCCCGGAGGUCGGCGGGGGCGGCGGCGGCGGCGGCGGCGUCGGACGAGGAGGUAUCCUACGCGACGGUGUCAUCGGCGCCGCCCAAGAGGCGGGCGGGGCGCACCAAGUUCCGGGAGACGCGGCACCCGGUGUACAAGGGGGUACGCCGGCGCAACGGGGACAAGUGGGUGUGCGAGGUGCGGGAGCCCAACAAGAAGUCCAGGAUCUGGCUGGGCACCUUCCCCACCGCCGAGAUGGCCGCCCGGGCGCACGACGUGGCCGCCAUGGCCCUGCGCGGCCGCUCCGCCUGCCUCAACUUCGCCGACUCCCCGUGGCGGCUCCCCGUGCCGGAGUCAUCCAGCCCCGCCGACAUCCGCAAGGCGGCGGCCCGCGUCGCCGAGGCCUUCCUGCCACGGCCGUCUUCCGAGACGCCCAAGCAAAUGCAGGAGCAGAUGGCGACGGCGUGGGCGGCAGCCGACGAUGCCUUCUUCGUGGAGGACGGCCUCAACUUCGGAAUGCAGGGGUACCUGGACAUGGCAGAAGGUUUGUUGAUCGAUCCACCGCCGCCUCCGAUGGACUACGAGGACGACAGCUACGGCAUUGUUCCCCUGUGGAGCUAUGCCGUCUGAGACCUGAUGGGAAAAUACUGUACAUUAUAGACAAAUGAUUGCUUCGUGGCCGGAAAAUGGUGGCCACUGUAGCGCCUCUGCUCUAAAUUAGGGGUAAUAAAUCUGAUGAGGUCCGUUUGAAGAGGAACUCAUUCAAAUAGCGGCGGAGGGGAGGGAAGCAGGGGAAGAGUUCAAAUAGUCUUUGUUUACCGAGCAAUGCAUAGUUAGGGCUGUUUUGAGGGUUACUUUACUGAGAAAUAUUACCAUCUAUAUGGCUUAUUAUUUGUCACAUCUACACUGAGAUAAGGUUCAAGACAAAAUAAAAGAAAAAAAGCAGGUGAGGUGGCAGCCCUUC